CUACGGCAUCCCUUCAGGAGGCAAUCGUGUGGCUUCAAUGGGCCCAGGUUGAAGACGCUUCCUCUUCAUUAGGUUCCAUUGUCAGGCGUCCGUAGCAUCUCGGCUCAAGAAGGCCCAUUCUGGUUUGCAGGAGAUCUUGCGAUGGCGUCGCAGGCCGUGAGUGUUGACUCCCAGGAGGAAUACGGAGCAGACCACACCGAGUACCACGAUGAGUUGGUGACGGCUAAGGAUGGGCUCGACACCAUGAUGACCGUCGUCGGCGCGUGGAUGCACAAGUUGGCCAGCAUCGACAAACCUCGUUACGUUGAGAAGCUCAGUCUCGACAUUGAGCAGCUCGCAACCGAAGCUUCCAUGCUGAUCUCCUCCAUUACUAUGGUUCUCAAUGGGCCCCCUCCCGAAGAGCACGUCGAGCCGAAGCCGAUGAUCAGCCAUGCACAGGGCCUGCUCGAGAAGUACGAGUCGUUGCGGCCCCACGCAAACUUCUUGAUCGAGCCCGCGAGUUCUCCUUUGAAGCGCCACCCCAGCGAUGAGAGCAAGAUUCCAGCAAAGAAGUCGUUGAAGGUCGAGGGCGCGCCCGCGGACGCCACCCUCGAGAAGCCUGCGGAUGCCGACCAGGAGAGCGACGAGGAGGGCGACAGCGACAUUCCCCAGGAUUCCCUGGUCUCCUGAGUGCUACGUGUUCUCCGUCUCAAGGUUCACGCAUGCUAGCAGUCGCGGUUGUAUAUAUUGCUAGCUCUGCGGACGCAUUUCAUAAGAUUAUCAGUUUUGGCCCCCGAGGUUCGGACAGGAA